CGUGUAAUACAUAACACUUUCACACACUGUCACGUUAGUCGGGCUGCGAAAAAAAUUUGUGGUUGCAUCACAGGUUUUUUUUUGAAAUAAAGAUAAUGUCAUUCAGGGGUCUUUGGAACGCUAUUACUACCAUCCCAUCUGUAAGGGCAGAAGAUGAAGAAGCAGAAUUGGUAGAUGCCCAGACAACUUUAAGAGAAAAUUGUCAAACAAAGGGAAACAUCGAAGCCCUUUACAAUAAAUAUCAAGCAUGCAACGAUCGAGUUAACAGUCGGUCCAAGACAACUGAGAACUGUAUGGAGGAACUUUUUGAUUACGUCCAUGAAUUGGAUCACUGCGUUAGCCACAGUCUUUUUUCAAAACUAAAGUAAAAUAUAUGCCACGUUAUUUAAAGUUAAUUCCGUUACAAGAUGACAAGCAGUUUAUCUUAUAAAUUGGCUUGAAACAAUAAAUGCUAAAGUGAUAAUGUA